UUCUGAUCUCCAUUUGAAUGCCUAAAGAAAACAAAGAAGAAAAGGAUCAAAACAAAAAAAUAGAAAGGCCAUGCAUUCUACCAAUAGUAUUGUCUUCCUAGCAUUUGUAAUUUGCUUCUUGUCUCUCAUUCAUUUGACCCAUGGGGAAACUUAUUUCAAUGUGAAGGGCAAGGUUUAUUGUGACACUUGCCAUGUUCAAUUCAUAACAAAGGCUACAACCUUCCUUCAAGGUGCGAAGGUGCAAUUGGAGUGUAAGAAUAAGGAAACCAAUGAGAUAACAAUUAGAAAAGAAGCAGAAACAGACGAAAGUGGAGAAUAUCAUAUUAAGGUGAAGGGAGACCACGAGGAGGAGCUUUGCCAGGUGACACCAAUAUCAUCUCCAGAUCCAGAGUGCAAUAAGAUAAGCCAAGACCCUUUUGUGAAGAAUGCUGGCCAAAUUUCACUCUCUCACCAUAAAGGCAUUACUAGCAAAACUCGCAAUGCCAAUCCUAUUGGGUUUUUGAAGGAAACUGUUCUCCCUCAAUGUUCUGAGAUCCUCAGCCAAAUGGGAGUCACUGCCUAUGGUCUUGUCCCUUGAAAAUUAUUUAUACAUUGAUUUAUUUAUUUAUAUAAAUCAAUUUCUUCUUUUGAGGGCAGUGUGGUUUGGGGUCAUAAUUAAAAUUUGGGUUUUUAUCUAAAUUAAAUAUCAUUGGUGUGAAAUCUUUAAUUUUUAUUUUUGGCAGUAGCCCUUUUGUUUA